CUGUCGCGAUCCCUUUGAUCCCAAAUAUCUUGUUGGAUUUACACCAUAGUUAUCCAGCACUUGCGCUGUGGCCUGCUUCGAAUUUACCCAGAUCUAUGUGUCGAGGACGAUCAUGAUUGUUUUCUCCUGCCUGAUUUCUCAACGUCAUCGCUAAGCCUGGUUGCCGACUCCACGAAGCCCAAUUACCUUCCGUGCCCCAUUACGAAUCCUCUUAAUUCUCCGCCCUGCAUAUCCAAUACUCGUUAAAUACAGACUUCUGGUAUGAGUGGCCGAGGAGGUUACGCCAAUGGAUACGGGCACCCCGACGCCAGCCGAUAUGACCACAUCGAUGGAGGUUAUGGCAACAGCAGCAAUCUGGCUGUAAACGGCUACGGAGGAGGUGGACGAGAGCGUCGGCCGGGAGGCUAUGGUGGAUUUUAUCCUGAGACUCCACAGCAACCUGGGUUGUCGCCGUCCCAAUCACCCGACCGACGCCGUGAAAGACGGGAUUGGGAUCGAGAUCACGGAUAUUCAUCAUCACGCUCACGCACGCGAGAACGAGACGGGGACCCCGAGAGGAAGCUACAAAGUUCGUCGCGCGAUGGCCGGCCUCAAGGGGACAAUGGUCGGUUGCCAGAUAGCAGCCGAGAGAAAGAUCAAAAUAUCCCCAGUAAUAACUCGGCUGGAUCGCAGGCUGUUGAAGAAAUUUUACAGUCCAUCCAACAAGAAUGGGAUCUCGUAGCCUCGGACGAAUGCGUCCCAGUUCAGGUAGCUUUACAAUUAAUGGACACAAGUACACUGGGGAAAGCCGAUCGCGAGCCCGAAUUUUUGGGUGUGCAUAAUCGAAUUCAAAGGACUUUGAAAUCUGUUGUCAACGAACACCACCAGGGCUUUAACAGCUCAAUUGGUACUUACCACAAGAUUCAGUCAAGUAUUCAGAGCUCCCAAGGCCGAGUUCGUAACUUGAAACAUGCUCUGGAACAGGCUAAGUCGGGGUUACUGUCAACUAAGCCCGAACUAAAAGACUUAGCGACCUCCUCUCAGAAGUACGACGAUAUUAUCCAGUUGUUUAGUCAAAUCCAAGAGAUACAAUCUCUUCCGGAGAAGCUGGAGUCGCGAAUAUCCGAUAAGCGAUUCCUCGCCGCCGUUGAGGUACUUCACGAUGCUUUCCGUCUCUUACGACGCUCCGAGCUGGACAAUAUCGGCGCUCUCGCAGAUAUUCGUGCCUACUUCACUAACCAAGAAAUAUCACUUACAGAUAUAUUGGUAGAAGAGUUGCACGAUCAUCUAUAUCUCAAAUCUCCUUAUUGCUCAAACCGAUGGAAACCACCAACCCCGGAGGGGGAGAACAACAGCCCAAGUCAAUCCGGAUGGGCUGGCGCAUCUUGGGACAGACCGGUUUAUACUUUCCUCGCGAAGCUGGACGCUUCGGCACCCAUGGUGGAGGAUGCUUCUCGUAACCCGGAAGCUGACACAUUCUACUAUAUCCGACUCUUAAUCGAAGCAUUGAAUAAAAUGGGUCAUUUGGAUAUCGCUGUCGACCGGAUUGAACAGCGGCUUCCAGUUGAACUCUUUGCGGUGGUUGACAAAACAAACGCAGAAGUUGACGCACGCUUUCCAGAUUUGACUCGUGGCUUUGCAGCGAAGGAGAGUAAGACAAACCUACCGACUGAAACAAUCGAGAACCGUGGGCAUGUCCUAUCUGAGUUUUUGUGGACCUUGUAUGCCAAAUUCGAGUCUAUUGCGGAAGGUCAUCGCGUUGUCCAUGAUGUCAUUGCAGCUAUUGUUGAACGUGAAGGCAUUCCUAAAAGCAGCUCUCUUGCAGGGGGUUUCAAGGAGCUGUGGAAACUCUACCAAAGUGAGAUUCGAUCACUCAUGCAUGAUUAUCUAGCGACUGAUGGAGAGUCAUCCCUCCGGCCAGGAGGUGAAGACGACUCCAAGCGCCAUCUUUACUCAGGCUACAGAGACAAGAGCAAGAAAAUGUUCAAACUGUCCGAGACGGAUGGGACGACGGAAAUGAAAGCCGAACAAAAUGAAUUAGAUGAAAUACUCCGCUCUUCUGUCCCAGGUCUGGUGUCGAAGACAAGACAGAAAUCUACUCCGAAUGGGACUUCGGAUUCCAAGCAAGGAAAUUCAGGAACUGGUCAUAAGAUUCUUAUCGAACCAAGUGUAUUCAACAUGAGCAUCCUUCUUCCACCUUCGCUCUCUUUCAUUCAACGCCUAAAGGAAAUUGUACCCGUGGAUUCCGAUAUUGCUAUGAGUACUUUGACUUCCUUCUUAGACGACUUUAUGGUCAACGUGUUCCUCCCCCAGCUUGAUGAGACGGUCACAGAUCUCUGUAUGUUGAGUUACAUUACACCAGAUGCAUUUACAGAAGAUCCCCAAUGGCUGGCGGUGUCUCCGCGUCCAGUCUUCAAGGGUACGGUUAAAUUCAUGUCCAUCAUCCGCGAGUUCAGUAAAAUGCUGUCUAGUAUCCCCCAUGACCAAGCAUUCACACAACUACUGAUCACACAAAUCGUGAAUUAUUACGAUAAAUGCUGUGGGUGGUACAGAGCCAUCGUGACCAAAAUCUCUCCUCGUGACAAUGGUGAAUUCCGACUCAAGGCCGCUGCACAAUAUGCCAGAUCAGGUGACAUCCACGAUGUAGUCAGUGAGCUAUGGAAAACAGAAGCAAGUAACAAGGCAGAGCUCGUAGAUAAGGAAACUAACCUGCUCCUCGAACAUACAAACGAAGUACCUUUGGAGCCGUACGAUAUCAUCUCUGAUCCUAAAACCGUCAUGGCUCUCUCUCUUCUAUAUAACAGCACACAAUGGCUUGCAAGCCAUUUAUUGAAAUUGCGCCAAGUUACGCAGCCAUCAUCUGAACCACGGCACCCACAAGAAAGCGGACCACCAAACCGCAGAUGGACAUUGAUUGGUGCUAUGGUGCCAAAGCAUGAGGGAUCAAACCAACCAGUGUACCUUCCCUUAAACCAAGAAACUGCGACUGCGUUCGAUACUACUAUCGAAUCGCUGCGCGAUCUUUCUUCAACCGCACUUUUCGCUUUACACAUUGACAUUCGGUGUGGCAUUAUUCAUAUGCUCACGAGGACCAUGGCUGGCCCCAACCCCAGGAAUAAUCGCCAUUCCGAACCUACAACUCCCUCCCCCAACUCGAACAUUACUUGGUGGCAUAUAGUCCUGAACCAGCCAACUUCCGCUUCACCAACUGUACUUGAACUAAACAAUGAUCUAAUCUCUUUCGAUACAAACAUCUCUUCGUAUCUGGGAUCAGCCGAGCGCUGGUAUAUCACAUCAGGACUGGCCAGAUUUAUCGAUCAGGUGUUUAUUGCGCGUGCCCAUCUUAUCGGCGCGAUGAAUGAGAAUGGGGCACUGCGGCUUCAGUUGGACGUCCUCGUCCUCCAGCAAAACCUGAAGAAUAUCAUCAUUGACCCGGGUAUGGAUACAGAUGAGGAAGAAAAUGCUCAGCGGGCAUCUGAGCAGCACCGUGAGGUUGUCGCUCUUCCGCGUAGUGCUAAGUUCCUGGACUGGUUCCUGGAAGGCGCCGAGAAGGCUCUCGACUACGCAAAAGAUGAGAAAGAAUCAUUUGCAACACACCCUGAGAAAGCUUUGGCUGCUGGCAAUGGCGAGCCAUUUACCUACGAUGAACUCAGGGUCCUUGUCGAUCUAUGCUUCUCAGAUAUUCUCAAAGGACCUAGAGGUGCAGAGAACCGGGAAGAGUUCAUGGCUGCAAAGAAAGCGAGCGCAGACGCACUCCUAAGGUUGAAUGAGAUAAUGUGGGAUUCUAGGUAGUAGGGCCUCUAUUCCUUCAAGGACUUGUGCAUUCAAAGGAGGAGAGCUGUCUGACAGCUACUGCAUGCCAAUCUUACGACGAUAAUGGUAGCCCUCUGUGAAUUUCUGGCGCUCUCGGUGGUUUAACCGUCGUGCUAGGGCCGCGAAACAGCCAAAUCCCAGAUUUUCAAAUGCAGUGCAUUUCCUAACAUUGGUAUAUCACAUAUGUUUGGGUAGCAAUCCGACAUCGCAUCGUUUAUCCGUUUAGCACUGUUUUGUCAAGGCGGAGAAGGUAUACAUCAGUAGUCCUGGAUGGCAUUUACAAGUGUCUGAACUCCUAGAGUGGAGAAAUAUUGGAACUUAUUACCGAGUGAAGAAGAACUGCUUUGUUUUAUAUAUAUGAUACCAGCUCUCGGUACGGAAUAUGUGUUAAGCCAUAAUUUUCCUGCAAUUUUAAUGAAUAUCGUCCCUUAAGGCACUGCCA